GCACCAAUCUCAUCUGUUGCAUCAUCGUUUGAGGUUGUGUCCAGUUUAAUUUCUGCUAAAGUCCUGCCUCUCACAAUAAAACAGUCCCACAUCUUUACAAACGCGUCACAAACUCCCAGCGAGCCGAACUGAGAAACCAAACUACACGACAUGUCCAACCAAGGAGCAAGUCACCACAAGCAGUGGUCCAACAGAAGCUCAAACGAGGGAAACAGAGCCACACAAAAUGUUUGUUCUCCCUCUCAAACUCAGAUUCCUCCCAGCACGAUUACACAAGGUUCACCUGGCAGCGAUCCGCUCGCAGUAAAUCCAGCUCUGAAUGAGCUGCGUCUGGUUCUGCUGGGAAGAACCGGUGCGGGGAAAAGUGCAACGGGAAACAGCAUCCUGGGAAACAGAUGCUUUAAUGCUGAAGUGAGCAUGAGUUCAGUCACUAAAGAGUGCAAGAGAGCGUGUGGAGCGGUGGAAGGACGAAAGCUCGUUCUUGUGGACACACCUGGGUUUUUUGACACCGAUCUGACAACUGAAGAACUGCGACAGGAGGUCAUUCAUUGCCUGGCCUUGUGUUCUCCUGGUCCUCAUGCGUUUCUGUUAGUUAUACCGAUAGAGCGAUAUACAGAGGAGCAGCAGCGCACCGUAGAAAUGAUUCUGGAGAUGUUUAAUAAAGACAUCAGCAAUCACAGCAUCCUGAUAUUCUCACACGCCGACAAGCUCAGAGAAGAAUCCAUUGAAAGGUUCGUUUCGAGACAAAAUCAAAAAGUUCAAGACCUCGUGAAGAGAUUUGGAAGGCGUUUCGUGGCCUUUGACAACACAAACCCUACAAACCCAGAACAAGUGAGUCGACUCCUGAAGAAAGUGCAUGAGCUUCUGGUCAUGAAUGAGAACCGUCACUUCACUAAUGAAGUCACAGAGGCAAUGCAAACAGCCCAGAAGAUAAUAGAAGAGAGAAUGCAAGCAGAAACGGCUGAAAGAACGAGGAAAAUAAAGGAGGAUGUGAAGAAAAUGGCUGAUCUUAGGAGGGCUGAGUUCAUUGCUGCCAUGAAUCAAGAGAGGCAAGAAACUGAACAAAAAAGGAAAUUUAUACAAGGCAGGAUUGGUCAGAUCCAGAUGGAGAUAAAGAAGGCAGAGCAGAAUUUGCAACGGUUCAGAGCAUCUUUGAGGAUGGAGCAGGAGAACCUGAGAACACUGGUGGAAAGAGAGAUGAAGAAGGAGAUUGAAAGAAUGGAAAAAGAAGAGAAAGAAAUGAACGACCUGGACAUCUGGAUCCAAGAAGAGGAGCAGAGGAGACUGAGUGAAGGAGCACAGAAGAAACAUUCUGCAUACUACAAUAAAAAAAUGCUGUUUAUGCUGACCAUGUAUUUGCUUGGCCUUGGAUCUGGAUUUGCACCCGCGCUCUUACCGUUGCUGUUCCCUGCAGCUCCAGCGGUGGAAGCCGGAUUGGCAGCAGGGUUAUUAACCAACUUGUUAGCUGCAGAAGGAUGGGGUUUCGUUUGGGUGGCUGCUGGAGUCGCCAAAGCUGCGGUUCUGACCCACUGCUCCAUCCAGUGAAAAUCAAGAUGAGUUCAGCCUUACAAAGACAUGAACGUAUAUGCACAUUUUCCUAAAUGCAUCCCACUUUAUAAAUCACAGUUCAUCUUAAAGGGUUGCA